CCCCGCAGCUCCGCCCCCGGCCCGGCCCGGCCCCGGGCCCGCUCCUCCGCCGCCCCGCAUGGAGCUGUCAGCCAUCGGCGAGCAGGUGUUCGCUGUGGAGAGCAUCCGGAAGAAGCGCGUACGGAAGGGCAAAGUCGAGUAUCUGGUGAAGUGGAAAGGAUGGCCCCCAAAGUACAGCACGUGGGAGCCGGAAGAACACAUCUUGGACCCCCGCCUUGUCAUGGCCUACGAGGAGAAGGAGGAGAGAGACCGAGCAUCAGGGUAUAGGAAGAGAGGUCCGAAACCCAAGCGGCUCCUGCUGCAGCGGCUGUACAGCAUGGACCUGCUGCGGCGCUCCCACAAGGCCAAGGGCAAGGAGAAGCUCUGCUUCUCCCUGACGCGCCCUCUCGGCAGCGGGAGCCCCGAGGGGGUGGUCAAGGCGGGGGCGGCCGAGCUGGUGGACAAGGGCCCGUGGGUGCCCACCCUGCCCUUCCCGCUCCGCAAGCCUCGCAAGGCCCACAAGUACCUGCGGCUCUCACGCAAGAAGUUCCCGCCCCGCGGGCCCAGCCUGGAGAGCCACAGCCAUGGACGGGAGCUCUUCCUGCAGGAGUCGGCAGCCGCAGACGCCCUGCAGUCGGCCGGCGAGUGGGAGCCCACGGAGCAGCCCCCGGAGGAGGAGGCAGACACAGACGCGGCCGAUGGGCCCCCUCCCUGGACACCCACGCUCCCCCCGAGCGAGGUGACUGUGACCGACAUCACGGCCAACUCCAUCACCGUCACCUUCCGCGAGGCCCAGGUGGCCGAGGGCUUCUUCCGAGAUCGCCGCGAGAAGUUCUGAGUCGCUGCCCGGCAUCUACGCUUAAACUGUUUUCUUUCUCGGGGGCUUGUGGUGGGGACUCCCACAGACAGGGAACUGUUCGGGGAGGGGUAAUUAUUUUAUUUAAAAAAAAGAUACAAGCAGAAGAAGGGGGGCGUUGCUGCCACCCUGUCUUUCUCUGUGAGGGACUCUAGGGAUGAGCUUCUGACCAGGGCUCUGAACCCAGGGCAGGCGGUGUGGGGGGGGGGUCACCGGUCCUGCCGAAACUGGAGGAGCCGGAGGAGCCGGCAGGACCAGAGCCCCUCGCUUCUCCCACCCCCCUACCCCCAGCUUGGGUGGAUUCCCAACUUGACACUCCUAAGCUGUAUGCAGAUGUGGAGGCCACUUUGACCCCAGGGAGGAGGGCGGGAGGAAGGGCAGCUUGCUGAGCCCCUCUGCUGAGCGUGUGCCCUCCCCUCUGCGCCUGGCCUGUGCACACACUGGCACACGCAGCCCGCUGCACGCAUGUGUGCGUGCUGCUCUCCAUGAACGUGUCCGCAUGGGCCUUGCAAACCUCCCUGAGUAGGUGAACGUGAGGCCAGUUCACAGCACAAAGACCCUUGCCACGACUUGGCCUUCCCCGCCUUGCACGCACAGCCCUGACAGCACGUUUGGGCCUGGGUCACUUGCAGCUGUCGGCAGAGGGCGGGGCUCUGGCUGCAGGAGUGCCAGCUUUGCUGGGCACCCCCCACCCCAGGCGGCAGGAGCAGCUGCCCCGCCUCUCCUGCCCUUCCCCCCCUUGGAGCCUCUUGUCCUUUCUGACUCAGGUGACUUUGCAACCCUUCCAGCUCGCCGUGUUUUCUGCUCUGCCCUCCCUGUGCCUCUGUUGGCCCAGAUGUGGACGGUCAGGGAGGGAGGGAGUGUCCCCCCACUUCUCAGGGCAGUCUUGACUCCUGAACCCCUUCCUUCUGCACUCCGUCCCCUCCCUGUCCCAGCUGUGGGCUCUGGUGGCGGGUGGUCAGCCUGCACACCAGCCCCACAUCCUGGUUAGGGCUGCAUCUACCCCGUGGGGGGCUUGUUUCCUAGCGGGGUGCAUAGGUGCCAGGCUGGAAGCUGGGGCCAGGGAGUGACUUCUCACAAGGAGAGCAUGGAGAAGGCCUCCUGGCUUUCCCAGUGCAGCCCGGCCCUGCUGUGGCCCCAGGAAGGCCCCUGGUGUCUGCGAGCAGGGGUGGUGCCUCUGUCCCUAGGCCUGGCCUCCCCACUUCCCAAACCAAAGACGUCUGUACCCCGCUUCCCAUGAUGCUCUCCCUUCCUGGUCCCUAGGAGUCUAGGUCAAUUCUGUGCUUCCACUGGAGGUGGGUCCCCACUGGGGUCCCCUCGUUCACCUCCGGUCCGGGACAUGGAGUCCAGAGGAAUGUGUUGGAGGGCAGCAGGAAUCGCCACCAAACCGAGCUAUAGGCUGCUAGGGGGCUCUCCCGGGCAGGGGGUCCAGCAGGGCUGGAAGAGCAGUGUCCAGCUGGCCCUGUUGCCUUGUGUCUCUGGGAUGUGGCAGCAGCUCGCCUGCCGUGCAGGGUGGCUCCGUGGCUGCAGCCUGUGUUCUGCAGUAGCAGCAGGACCUCGCCCCUGUGGAAGCCUGUGACCCUGGGGAGGCUGGGUUCCUUGUGGGCAGCCAGGAGCCAGGUGACCUCUGCCAGGAACAGGUGCGGCCAUGCAGGCCUUCUCUCGGCCCCCUCCAACCCCAGCCCUCCAGAUGGCCAGUACUCUUGGGGUGGGGGGGUCUUAGGAAGCGCAUAGCCCCCUCCCCUCUCCAUUAUUUCUCCAGCCCACCCCGACCUGAAUGUAGAGACCCCUGGGUGAUUCCCUCUUGCUGUGGGGCUGGGAACUGGGGCCUCCUGCUUGGCGCCGCCAUUGGGAGGGUCCCCACUGCCAAUGUCCCUCCCCCAGGAGCACCUCCUUUGCACAGAAUGAGCUCCGAGCUUCGUUCAGACUCAGUGAAUGUAUGGGGAAGGGGUGGGGCGCGAGUGGCCUGUGGCAGAGCGGUCGCACCAUGUGCUUCUAUUUUUGUACUGACGUUGGUAAGAGACUGUAUAGCAUCUAUUUAUUUAGAUGAUUUAUCUGGUAAAUGAGGCAAAAACUAUUAAACACACAUUAAAGGUGAUUUUAAAAAGC